CCGCAGUUUGAGUCGAGGUGUCCAAUAUUUCUGGAGGACGACGUGGUUAUUGUCGACAACUCGAUGAAGCCUAGCACAUCAGCGAGAAGCGUAGAACUCACUAGAUUUGAGCCAUCGACUUCCACCAAUCCGCCAGAUAAUAAAAGAAAUCGCAUAUACGCCCCUCUUUCGGCCAUAUCAUCACGUCUGUCUUGCGAGCAUCCUGAGCAAUACCGACACACGCGUGAGAAUGAAAGUGGAGGCAUUGCGAAUCGGCCAUCUACAAAUAGGAAUGAUGUGCAAAUGCUGCCAAAAUCGAAAGAGGCGGGAAGGGAGGUGGUUUUCUGCAGUAAAGGUCCAGAUCAACGGCCUGCUCCCUCCUCAUCCGACGGGUUUUCCAGGAAGGCUCGUGACAUUGUGAUACGAAGAGAUUUUCAGAAACCUCAACCUGCAAAGGACUUGGAGUCUUCACCCACUGUAGAGCCUCAGCCGGCUGCUGCCACAGCGGUGAACCAAACGUCGAUUCCUUCAGAUGAAGUGAAGGCAGAGUCGUCUCCCCUAUUAACAUCGUUACCUUCUGAUGACACUUCAACUAAGAAGCAAACUAAUGGUCUUCCAAAAGAAAAGGGCAUGAUGCAGCCGAUAAGCGAUGAGGAAUCCGAUGACGAGUCGGAUGAAGGGGAACUGAUAGACCCUCCGGUUCUGAAGUCUAUGGUUUCUGAGGGAAAUAUCAUACCCUACUCGUUAGAUACGCAUGCCUUUUCUAACCACCACGUCUGUCGGCGGCUGCUUAUUCAUGAACAGAAGUUUUCGAAUGCGGAACAGUAUUACAUGUGGUCUAAAGCCAAAUUCUGCAAGGACUUCAGCGCAGCAAACGCUAUUUUGUACCUGAAAGACCCGAAAAUGAUCAAACAAGUAGAUAGUCAGUUAAAGAACGUUAACCAGAAGGAAUGGAUGAAGUUUUCUUGGAAAGUGAGAAUGAAAGCUGCUAUGGCGAAGUUCAAACAGAAUCAACGGAUGCGGUAUCAACUUUUCCGAACGAUUGGAUCAACAUUGGUAGAGGCUGAUGUUCACGACACGUACUGGGGUAUAGGUCUUUCCAUAGAUGAUCCGAAUAUUGCUGAUCCAUCAAAAUGGCGAGGUGCUAAUGUUAUGGGUGAAGUACUGAUGCAAGUUCGUGAUGUUUUGAAGGAAGAUCCCGGUUAUUCCAACGAGGUGGAGCAAGCCAAGCAGAACCUUUUCGGGAGUCAGUGA